AUGUCUGCCUCUUCAGCGCUGAGACGGCUGACCCACAGGGCUCCCCGCAAUCUCCAGUCCCGCAUCGCUUCUGUCUCCCGCACUUCGUCUUCCCCCUCCAUCCUCAACUCCUGCAGAGCUUCUUCGUCUCCAGCUCUUCCUCGCGUCUCCAGAUUCUCAACAAUGGCGUCCCUGCAAUCGGCGGCUCCAAUCCCCGCUGCGGCCCAGAAGGGCUAUGAUCCUGAAAUUAAGGACAUGGCCGACUACAUCCACAACUACAAGGUCGACUCUGAUCUCGCGUUCGACACUGCUCGCCUGGUUCUCAUUGACACCCUCGGCUGUGGUCUGGAGGCCCUGAAGUUCAAGGAGUGCACCAAGCUCCUGGGCCCCAUUGUCGACGGCACUGUUGUUCCCAACGGUACUCGCGUGCCUGGUACCCCCUACCAGCUGGACCCCGUGAACGGUGCUUUCAACAUUGGUGCCAUGAUCCGCUGGCUCGACUACAAUGACUGCUGGCUUGCUGCUGAGUGGGGUCAUCCCUCCGACAACUUGGGUGGUAUCCUUGCUGUUGCUGACUGGAUCGCUCGCACCAACCGCGCUGGUGGUAACAUUGCUGGAGGCAAGAUCCCGACAGUUAAGGAUGUUUUGGAGGCCAUGAUCAAGGCCCACGAGAUCCAGGGUGUUCUGGCCUUGGAGAACUCCUACAACAAGGUCGGUCUGGAUCACGUCGUUUUGGUCAAGGUCGCCACCACUGCCGUCGUUUCUAAGCUUCUCAACCUCAACGAGAAGCAGACCGCAGAUGCCAUCACACAGGCGUGGGUUGACGGCCAGAGUCUCCGCACCUACCGACACUCCCCCAACACUAUGUCAAGGAAGUCUUGGGCUGCUGGUGACGCCUGCCAGCGCGCCGUCAACCUGGUCCUCAAGGUCCAGAAGGGUGAGGGUGGCCUGCACACCGUUCUCUCCGCUCCUGUCUGGGGUUUCUAUGACGUCCUGUUCAAGGGCAACAAGUUCAAGUUCCAGCGCCCCUACGGCAGCUAUGUCAUGGAGAACGUUCUCUUCAAGGUUUCUUACCCUGCCGAAUUCCACUCUCAGACCGCCAUUGAAGCUGCCGAGAUUGUCAACGAGAAGCUCAAGGCCCUGGGAAAGAGCGCCAAGGAUAUCAAGGAGAUCACCAACCGCACUCACGAGGCGUGCGUUCGUAUCAUCGACAAGCAAUUCAAGGCUAUGGACAACUUUGCGGACCGUGACCACUGCAUUCAGUACAUGGUUGGCACCAUGCUCACCUUCGGCCGUCUGACCGCCAACGACUACGCUGACGGUUCCGAGGCCGCCACCUCUCCUCUCCUCGAGGACCUCCGCAAGCGCAUCCGCUGUGUCGAGGACCCCAAGUUCACCCUGGACUACCACGACCCCAGCAAGCGUACCAUCCCCAACGCUCUCACUGUCACCCUGAACGACGGCACCGUGCUCGACGAGGUUGUCGUCGAGGCACCCCUCGGCCACCGUCUGCGUCGUGAGGAGGCUAAGCCCGAGAUCCUCGACAAGUACCAGCGUCACCUGCAGGCUCACUUCGACCAGUCCCGUCUCAAGGAGCUCGUCGACCUCGGCAACAACAAGGCUGCCCUCGAGGCCUACGAGGUCGACAAGUACGUUGACCUCUAUGUCACGGACAAGGUGGUUGCUCCCUCUGCCUAG